AUGUCGUCCCGCUUCGUUUCGGGAGGCACCAUCGAUGAACCAACUGAGCGAGACGAUGAAUGGCGUCGUGCUCAGCAGGAGAUUGAGGAGGAGAGGCGCCGGAAGGCAGAACUUGGCAAGCAAGAGGGUGGAAAAAGUUUGUUCGACGUGUUGCAGCAAAACAAAUUGGCCAAACAAGAAGCAUUUGAAGAGUCCAUACGCCUGAAGAACCAGUUCCGUGCCUUAGAUGAAGAUGAAGUCGAUUUUCUUGACUCUCUUCUUGAAUCUACCCGAGCGCAGGAAGCGGCCGUGAAGAAAGAAACUGCCGAGCAUUUAGCAGAGUACCAACGUCAGCGCGAAGAGGCAGAACGAGCUCUCAUGGAAGGCCCAUCUGGUGGACAAAAAGGCUCUGGAACCGGCACCAAUUUACCAGGAGACGAAGAGCAGUGGGUCGUUGGAGGAAGGAAACGCAAGCGUAACAAAAAGGACGCCUUGGUCCCUCCCAAAAUUCGCAAAGUCUCAUCUACCGAGGACGGUGUUACUCCUUCAGCGGUGCCUAAAGCGAAAUUGAAUACGGUGGUAUCAAGUGAAGAAAAUACAAAAUCGGUUACUCCUACUUCUCCAUCCGCACCGAAACUAGCUAAAACUGUUUCGGUCGAGAAGAUAGAGAGCCCAAGUACGGAGCCUUCGUCUAAGAAAUCAGAGCUGCAGCACAAGGCAGCUUCCGGGCCUUCCCUUGGUUUGGUUGCAUAUGGCUCUGAUGAAGAUUCCGAGUGA